CCAAUGCGCGGGAAGGGGCUGAGCAUGUGGGCAGCUUGUUUACACCAGAUCUUCCCGAGGAGCUUUAACCCGGCCGGCAGCGGGCGAGCGGCAAAGCGCGGCGCCGGGACCACGUGCGGGUGUCUCCUGGACGGCCGGCCCGAGGGAUGGGCGCCGGAGCGCGGGGCCGUUCCUAGAGGGCGCGCAGCGAGAGCGUCGAGAUGGCGAGCCUGCUGUCCAAGCGCCUGGGGAAGCGCUCCCUGCUGGGCACCCGCGUCUCCACGCCCAGCGCCUUCUCGGACAGGAUGCUGGGGCCGGGCCAAAUCCCCGCGUUGCAGGUGGAGCUCAGCCGAGUGUCUCCCCAGCUGGCUUCGUAUGAGGGUGGUCAGUGCAAGGAGCAGGCAAAGGAGAGUGGCCUGACGCCCAGCUUCCCAAACCUGGACCGCUUACAGCUCCACCCGGGACAAAGAGUCUACGUCACCUACAACGGGCAGGAGUGCGCGGGCCUGGUGGAGCAGCACAGUCAGCCGGACGAUGAGGUGAAGGUGCUGCUACCGGAGCAGGGACUGCAGGCCUGCUGGAAGGCAGAGGACGUGAGACUGGCGGAGAUCCAGACACCGCUGCCUCCGCCUCUUCCAAUGGACCAUAGCCCUCCUGCGGCGAUGGAGCAGAGCCCCACAGGAUCAGCUCCGAGAUCCGUGUCUAGGAACAUCGACGUGCCUAAAAGGAAGUCCGAUGCGGCGGUGGAAAUGGACGAGAUGAUGGCUGCUAUGGUGCUGACUAGCUUGUCCUGCAGCCCUGUGGUCCAGAGCCCGCCAAGCCGCGAGAGCAGCAUGCCGGUGUCCCAGGCGGCCUGUGACUCAUGGAAGGAGAGCGGCGACGUGUCGGACAGUGGCAGCAGCACCACCAGCGGACACUGGAGUGGCGGCAGCGACAUCUCCACCCCAUCGCCCCCACACCCUGAAGCCAGCCCCAAGUACUCGAGCGAGGCCUUGAGCUCCCCUCAGGCCGACGACGGCUUUGAGACCGACUCGGAUCCCUUUCUCCUCGAUGAGCCUGCCCCAAGAAAGAGAAAGAACUCGGUGAAGGUGAUGUACAAGUGCCUGUGGCCGAACUGCGGCAAAGUCUUGCGCUCCAUCGUCGGCAUCAAGCGCCACGUCAAGACCCAGCACCUGGGAGAUGGCGCAGACUCUGACCAGCGGAAGAGGGAGGAAGAUUUCUACUACACGGAAGUGCAGGUGAAAGAAGAAACUGCUCCCGAAUCUGCCACCAGCCCCACCUUUGGGUCCUCGCCCAUCGUCAUCCAACAGGCCCUAGCCAAGCCAGAGGCUUUGGCUUUGGAUCAGGCAACCUUGGAGUCUCCCCUGCCAAACAGUGCCCUGAGUCAGUCUGCCCCCAGUUCCUUCUGGCAUAUCCAGGCAGAUCAUGCCUAUCAGGCUUUGCCGUCCAUUCAGAUUCCGGUGUCGCCGCACAUAUUCACCAGCAUCAGCUGGGCUGCCGCCACCUCCACCCUCCCAGCUCUCUCCCCGGUGCGAAGCAGAUCCUUGAGCUUCAGUGAACACCAGCCACCGCCGCCAAUGCUGAAGUCUCACCUGAUUGUCGCGUCGCCCCCCAGGGCUCCCAGCGGCACCAGAAAGGUCCGUGGUGAAGCCAAGAAAUGCCGUAAAGUGUAUGGAAUUGAGCACCGAGACCAGUGGUGCACGGCCUGCCGGUGGAAAAAGGCCUGCCAGCGAUUCCUGGACUGAGCACAUGAACGUUUCAGGAGCAUUGAAUCUCUCUCUCUCUCUCUGCCGAGAGCACCCAAAGUUGGUCAUUGCUGCAACCAGGGCACAGCAAACUUGGAGGUGUCUCUUGUGGCUUCAGCAGAGAUCUCAAGAGCUGCGUGUAAAUUCCAAGUUCUGUAUAUCGGAUGUCUGCCGGAUUUACUCAUUUUUUACGCUUUCUGUGGGUUUUUUACAAAUGUGGGUUUUUAAAAAAAAAUCUUCCCAUUUUAUAGUCAAAAUAGGGAGGGAAAGGAAGCAAGCUGGUUGUGUGGUGUUCACAAGAGACUUGUCGUUUGGUGGUCCAGGGACCAAAGAACUUUUUACUGAUCUCCGAGCUCGACAGUAAAGUCUACUGAACUUUCAGGUCAGUAGCUGGGAUAAGAAAGUGAGGAUCAGCUCUGUAUGUUACUUGACUGGCUAGAAAGUUCAAAGUCUUGUGUUGUUUAAAGGGACACUGUUAGAAUAAAAAUCAUCGUUUAAAAAAGGAAAAUUAUGUUCUGGUGUGAUAGUAACACCUUAAAUUAUUGGAAUGGGAGGAAUGUAACGUUCUUUCCUUUUUGCUUUUUACCGGCGAUGCUGUGUUUUAUUUUUUACACCUCUCUGCUUUGACAGGAACGCUGGACAGUUAUGCCUCUGGGAAAUUUGGCUUCCUGGUUUUCAUGUGUUUCGAUGCAACUGCAUCAGCAAGGUUGAGAUUUUAAAAUAUUCUAUAUCUACAUGCAGAUUUUUAUCUUUUAAUUGAAAAAAAAGAAGAUAAUUUUCAAAUAAAAAUUAAUUUUUGUGUU